AUGGCAGCCGGCGGCAGUGAUCCUCGGGCUGGAGACGUUGAAGAAGAUGCCUCUCAACUCAUCUUUCCGAAAGAGUUUGAGACAGCAGAGACACUCCUGAACUCUGAAGUUCACAUGCUUCUGGAGCAUCGAAAGCAGCAAAAUGAGAGCGCAGAAGAUGAACUGGAGCUUUCUGAGGUUUGCAUGAAAACCCUGAACUACACAGGCCGUUUCAGUCGUUUCAAAAAUACAGAGACCAUUGCCAGUGUUCGUAGCUUGCUUCUCCAGAAAAAGCUACAUAAGUUUGAGUUGGCCUGUUUAGCUAAUCUUUGCCCAGAGACUGCUGAGGAGUCCAAAGCUCUGAUUCCAAGUCUGGAAGGGCGUUUUGAAGAUGAGGAACUGCAGCAGAUUCUCGAUGAUAUCAGGACCAAGCGCAGUUUCCAGUACUGAUGUUCACACCCUGCUCCUGAGACUGCUCAGAACGCCACCACAUCCCAGCCUGGUCAGCCUCACCCAGGAGUGCUGAAGCAGAAGACACUUGGGUCACUUUGCUUUAUUGAGAUAUAAUGUCCCUCUGUGGUCCUCAGACUCAUGAUACGCCUCCUGCCUCACUCAGCCAAGUGCUGG